AUGCUGCCCUCCAGUACCACCACCUCCUCCUCUGGGAACAAUAGUAGCAACAGCCUGGACCAGACGACCUCAAGACUCUCCUCUCCCUCGGCUUCUACCUCUUCCUCCGUCUCAGGCGCUAGUCUGGGAUGGAAGCUGGAUUGGGAGCACAGAUAUGGAGUCGCGACGGUCGAUCUUGGCCUGGCCCUUCCUCUUGUGUUUCCUUCCCCCUCCCCCGCCCCGCCCGCCCACGAUGCUCGAGCCGAGGCCAUUGCGGAUGACCAAGAGGAAGAUGACAGAGGGAUGGAAGACCCAGAAACGACGCCGCCUGUGCAAACACUGUUCGACGCAGGGCCGUCCAGUAUGGAAAACGGCGCGGCAUCGGCCGGAAAAGAAAAG